AUGGCGGCGCAGCUGACGCCCGGCGCGGUGGCGGCGAUCUCGGAGCACGCCGACGGCGGCAACGGGACGCUGCAGCCGGUGCUGCAGGUGGUGGACGUGCGGAUAGUCCCCAACGUCAAGGGCCCCACCAACCACGAGCGCUUCCGGAUGCUGCUCUCCGACGGCGUCCACACGAUGCAGUCCAUGCUCGCCACCGCCGAGAACGUGCUCAUCCACAACGGCUCCAUCAAGAAGGGCUCCAUCAUCCACCUCCACGAGUUCACCUGCAGCACCAUCCAGAACCGCAGGAUCAUUAUUAUUAUCAAACUUGAUGUUCUGCAAAGCGAGUGCGCCAUAAUUGGAGACCCCAAAGCCUAUGAUGUGAGAAUCCAACCUAAUGAGCAGGGCACCAACUUUGCGGCCAAUGCUGCUCAAGCUAAUACCGGAACAUAUUCCAGCGGCCCUGGUAUGCUGGGAUCUUCUGCUGCUCCAAGGCCAUUGCAAGAUGCUAAUAAUGUACCAUACGGAUCUUCUGCUGCUCCAAGGCCAGUGCAAGAUGCUAACAAUGUACCAUACGGAUCUUCUGCUGCUCCAAGGCCAGUGCAAGAUGCUAAUAAUGUACCAUACGGUGGAUCCUAUGGUGGUUAUCAGGGUACGGUGGGCCCUCCAAUUGGUCGUGCAGUAGAAUCUGUUCCCAAUGUGGCAUCUGGUGUCUCUUAUGGUACAACUUCAGCACAUAAUAAUACAAUGAAUGUGGGCAUGGUGCAGUCAAACUUGCAGCAGCCUUCACUGAACUCUCACCAGAACCAAAGGUUUGCAGUUCCUUCCAUGGCUGGUGGCAGUGGUGCUCCUGGGAAUACAUACGGCCAACCUGCACAGUCCUUUUAUCAGCAACCGCCUCCAGGGCAUAUGAAUAGAACCCCUGUGUCUAAGAAUGAUGCAAGUCGUCUUGUCCCAGUGGCUCAUUUGAACCCCUACCAAUACACAUGGACAAUCAAGGCUAGGGUGACUGCAAAGACUGAUCUCAGGCACUACAACAACAACAAAGGUGCUGGAAAAGUCUUCUCCUUUGAUCUCCUUGAUGGACAGGGUGGAGAAAUCCGUGCAACAUGCUUCAAUGCGCAGGCUGAUCAGUUUUUUGACCUCAUUGAGGUUGAUAAGGUGUACCUGAUAUCUAAAGGGUCGGUGAAACCUGCAAGGAAGCAGUUUAACUCUUUGAACCACGAGUAUGAAAUAACUCUGGAUUUCAAAUCAUCUAUCGAAGUUUGUGUUGAUGAUGAUAGCAACAUCCCUAGGCAGCAGUAUAAUUUCCGGCAGAUAAGCGAAAUUGAGAACCUUGAGGCAGGUGCUAUUGUGGACUUGAUUGGAAUUCUUACAUCAGUUGGCCCUUCUGCCACAAUAAUCCGAAAGGUUGGUGGCUUGGAAGCCCAGAAAAGAACUCUUCAACUGAAAGACAUGUCUGGUCGAAGCGUAGAAAUUACCUUAUGGGGGAAGUUCUGUGAUGCUGAAGGCCAGCAGCUGCAGUUGCAGUGCGAUUCUGGUUUGAAUCCUGUUCUAGCUUUGAAAGGCGCCCGGGUUACUGAAUUCAGUGGUAGAUCUGUGAACACAAUCGGCUCAACUCAGUUAAAAAUAGACCCAGACUUUCCUGAGGCUGAGAGUCUGCGGCGAUGGUAUGCAACUGAAGGGAAGACAGCUGCUUGUGUUUCUUUGUCAGGGGUAAGUAUGGGCAGGACUGAUGUCAGGAAAGCAGUGGCUCAGAUCAAGGAUGAAGAUCUGGGGCGAUCAGAGAAGCCAGACUUUAUCACUGUUAAAGGUGCAAUUUCACAUCUGAUCACUGAUAAUUUUUGUUAUCCUGCUUGCACCAUGGAGGUGAAUGGUAGGGUGUGCAACAAAAAGAUACUUGCUGCAGUGCCAGAUCCAGGACCACACUGGGGUCACCUAUGCUACUGCAUUCCAAGAGGCUGGUAUCGAGAUCGUUUACAGCGCCUCACUGAGCUCUACAACAUAAGAGAAGAAGACCCAGAACGAUUUGCUGAGAUCUUACAGGGGGUUCGCUGGCAGCAGUUUCUAUUCAAGCUGAAAGUCAAGGAAGAGACCUUUAAUGAUGAGCAGCGUGUCAAAUGCAGCAUUACGAGAGCGGAGAAGCUGGAUCCAGCAAAAGAGAGUUCUUACCUUCUGGGGGUAAUCAAUGGCCUAUUGCAGGAUGAUACUGGCUCACCUUCUGAGGCGCAAGGCGCCAUGGCCUAUAAUGCUGGUCUCAGCAACACUGGCGCUGGACGAAGCGUGCCAACCUCCAACAGUGCCUACACCACCAAUAUGAGUGGUCCAAUAUAUGGGGAGUCCGCGAACCAGUUCGCGCAGCAAGCAAACACGUAUAUCGGGGUGCCCACUCCAGUGUCGGUGACAGGGAAUGUGCAGACCUGCAUGUCUUGCGGGUCAAGUGGGCACAACGCACAGAACUGCCCUGCAGGCAUGUACAGGCAGCAGCCUGCUGUGAGAACGGCAAGCUCCUACGGCUCUUCGCAGCCUCGUAACGCUGGCCCCAGACCGUGUUUCAAAUGCAAUCAGAUCGGGCACUUUGCUAGCUCUUGCCCACUGCUGGCCCCUGCCCCCCAGCAGCAGCAGCAGUAUCGGAGCGGCGGCGCUUCGUCAGGUGGUUAUGGUCAGCAGCAGCCCUAUCUUGGGGCUACCAACUACUGA